AAAAUAAAAAACAUCACUCAUACUUUUAUAUUCUUAAAGAAUAUAACUGAAGAAGAAAUGCAACUGGUGAAAUAAACAACUGUUCAUAAAUAAACAAAUAUUAUUCUAUUCAAUUUUCAUUCUAAAAGUUGAACAGAAACAAUAAAUGAACAUUUAACAUCUUUUUUUUCAAUUGUCUCAAGGAUUUUAUUCAUGAAAAGCUCAUUGAUCAAUGUUUCAUCAUUGAAUGAUUGACUGUCGACAUCACUACUCGUAAAGACUCACUCAUAAUUUCUGAAUCCACAAUUUACAAGUAAAAGAAAACGUUUUUAGAUAUUGAAGCUUAUUUUUGAUAAAAGAUAAGAAAAUGGCUAUACCUUGAUUGCGGACAUUAUUUUCGACUAAUUAAGGAAAAACGUCCGCAAUCAAGGAUCAGGGAGGAGAGAAAAAAAUGUCCGCAAAGCAAAAUCAGUAGGAGAGAAAAAGAAUGACCGCAUUGUGGAAACGAGACAAGAUUUAUUAUAUGAAAAAAAUUACAGGGAAAUAGUUAUUGAAAAAUAGUUGAACAUCUAAAUAGUUUUAGGUUCAUAAUCAUAAUCAUCUUUGUCAGCUGUAUCGAAUAAAUGAAUAUAUCGAUAAAAGAGUGGACGUCAUUUUUUUUGAUAACGAUAGAGAUCCAACAAACCGUUUAAAUAUUCUUAUCUUGCUUGAAUCAAAAUAUCAUCAUCCUUCACUGAUCUAAGUCUUCUGGGACGUGUCGUACGUUGUUGAGCAUAUUCUUGAUCAACCCGAACCAUUGUUGAUUCUUCAGAUUCUUGUGUGUAUCUUAUCCAACUAUCUACACGGGUUAUCUUACUAUAUUUAUUUUCAAUUCUUUCCAAAAUGCGGACACUUUUCUCUCUAUAUUCGAUUCCAGACCGCGGCUAUUUUCCAAACUGCGGUCAGUUUUGUCUCUCCCCCCCUGAUUCUUGAUUGCGGACAUUUUUUUCCACUAAUUAAGAAAAAACGUCCGCAAUCAAGAAGACACGGAAAAGAAGUACAUCCACACCCAUAUCAUAGGUGUAGAUUAAAGGGAUACUUCGACUCAUACCGACACUCAACACCCCACAGGCAUACCCACACUCACACCCACAUCCCGAUGUAGAGAUAAACGAUGAAUCGAACUCAACGCGCUUGUAGGUUCUGUCGUUAUUGUUGUCAAAUAUUGCGAGUAUGAAGAUAUCUUAUGUUGAUCUUUAUCACGACUGUUUGACAAAUGUAGUUGAUAGAGUAUUGAAUAUCAUUUUCGUUACUAAUAUAUUUUGUUCCUUGGUAAACUAAUAAAUUAUAUGCUUUAUGUUUCAAUAUUGAAAGGGAUUGAGUAUCUGUUUGAUUCUUCGAAAGACAUACACUCGAGACGCUGAUUCAUUUCCAAACAGAAAAGCAAAAGAGACCUUUCUGUCAUGUUUGCGUAAGAUAAGUCUAUAAAAGAACAUGCGCAUAUUGUUGACAUGCACACAGAUAAAGUUGCACUAAUGUCGCUAACAAGUGACUUAAAGCAUCAAAUAUUCUCGACUUUUUUCUUUUGUAUCAUAUUUUUUUGUCUGCCUUCAAUAUCAACAGCAACUAAUCCGCCGCCACAAUGCCGAUUUCUAAAUCCUGUACAUGAUUCGGCAGCUGAAACUGCGCUUCUUGGCUAUUUUUAUAACAGUGAACCAUUCAAUUUUAGUGAGACAAAUUAUUUUCAACCCCAGUGUUUGCUCUGUGAAAGUUAUCAUAGAGAACUUUGUUUCGGGUAUAAAGGUGGAUCAUUGUAUGGUGUAAAAAGUACUAAUAGUGCUACAACACAAGUGGUCGCCAAUUUGCCAUAUAUUUAUUCGUUAGGAUGGAAGGUUGGUAAUCCAUCUACAACGGUGUCUGCUAUUGUCACUUUACGUGAAAAUAUGGAAAUUUCCUAUCGUACCCUUUUACGUUUCAAGGGAAUAGCAACACUGGAUCCCAUCAUCAGCACAAAAUUCAUUACUCUGCGACUUUGUGCGAAUCAAUUGCGACCAUAG